AUGUCUAAGAAGAUAGUUCUCAAAGCUGACCUCAUUGGCGCAAAAUGCAAGAGUGAGAUCCUAGCAAUUGUUUCCAAGAACCAAGGAAUCAAGUCCAUGGAGAUCGACACCGAGAAGUGCACGCUGACGGUGGUCGGGACGGUCGACCCGGUCCGCAUCGUGCAGAGGCUCAAGAAGAAGUGCUUCGAGGCGACCAUCGUCAGCGUGGAGGACGACAAGCCCAAGGAGAAGAAGGACCCCUGCAAGGAGGCGUGCGAGAAGCUGUGCAAGGAGAAGUGCGACAAGAUCGCCUGCUGCAAGGAGUGCAAGGACAAGUGCGAGAAGAAGUGCAAGGACAAGUGCGAGAAGGCCUGCGAGGCGUGGCUCGGCAAGGGCUGCUGCUCCUGCAGCCGCUGCAAGCCCAGCCCUGGCUGCUACUACGACCCCUGCACCGUGCCUAGCUACUACCCCUACGGCUACUACAACGGGUGCCCCAGCAGGUACCCCUACUACGGCUGA